AUGUGGAACAACCAGCUUCGAGAAAUCCUUCCCGGCGUCGAAGAUGUCAAUCUCGCCUUGAUCGGUGAUAACGUCGCCGACAAUGUCGAUGUUGAACCCUGGAUAUACUACUUUGUCAUCCAAAUCGUCUUUGACGAGGCUAAGUGGACGGCAGAUGUUCUAGAUAAGGUCAGAGCAGUUUUUCCAAACUCUGCAGGUCGAGAUGAUGAGGUCUUUUACAAUGCGAUGGUGGCAAAUCCCGACUUGGUUUUGGUCGAAGAUCAGAUGAUCAACACCGAGAACUGCAAAAGCGAGGAAAAAGAAUGCCGCAAGAUUGACGUCGUUCAAGAAUUCUGCUUCACCAACUCUUAUUACUUCUUCGAUGUCACCAACGAAGCAGCUCUCGAAGAAGCCAAAGCAGAUUUCUCAUCCGACUUCGAAGCUGGUUUCGAGUCCUACAGAACCAACGCAACUAUUUCAUCGGAGAACACCGUGAAUUUUUAUGAAAGCAACUUCAACGGAAAAUUUACUUUUGAAGUGACUUCGAUUACUGAUAUCAGUGAAAAGGUCUCUACUUUCCAGAGCAAGUCGAAUUUCAACGAAGCUGGGAUUGAUGGACCGGAUACUCAUAUUUCUGGACAAACUUAUUACAAGAAACGAUUUCAAAAUCAAUGA